CAUCGCAUCCUUCUGGCUGCAUCCUGUGACUACUUCAGAAAUAAAGCUUUUGCUCCUGCACACUGAGCUUACCUCCACUAAAUUCACUGUGGUACUUGGAGGUUUGUAAAGAGGAGAGACUUUCUGAACUGGUGUCUUCUGCUUAAGUGCACUCUAAGUGGCUUUUAACAUAUCCUUAGCAUUGUAAGACUUUGCCCGUUGUGGUGAUCAUUUCAUAAUACCCAAAAACUCCAUGGAGGUGGGUCACUGUUGUGUGCCUAUAGGGUGACUUGCUGGCCAUUAAACCAGGCAGUCCCCAGUCAAUUUGAUUAGCAGCUUUUUGUUUUCAUAGAGCAAACACUCAAGUCAAUCCAGACAAACUUCAAACUGAAGGCAGAGCUGCUCUUCCUUAGAAAAAAUUCCCACGUCCCAAGUUCCUCUGUGUUUCCUCUUCCCCCACACCCAGAGUGUCUGCCUUUGACCAUUGACUAUCCAGAUAUACUGGGUCUAUAUUGAAGUCUUUCACCUGUGAAUUUUACCUUCUAGGCUGCCCCUACUGUUUUCCUGCAAAAUGAAGAGUUACUUUCUUAGGCCCUAAAGGCCUGUACUCUUAACUUAGAGAAGAGGUAAUCACAUAAAAGUGUCUAGCUAGGCUUUUGUAUUUCUGAGUAUUUUUUAUGUUCCCAGGACAACAUAAGAGGAACAGACUGAAGAUAGCUUCAAUGCAAAUCUGCCAUAGCAUGUGCCAUUGUCUGUUUUGCAGAGGAAUGUUUGCAGGAGGAUUGAGGGAGAUGGAGCAAGAAGAAGUUCAUAUUCAUGGCAUCUCUUACAAUGCAAUGUGUAAAAUCUUGAACUUCAUUUACACUUCUGAGCUGGAACUCAGUGUGAACAGUGUACAGGAAACUUUAGCUGCAGCCUGUCAACUUCAGAUUCCAGAAGUCAUUAAGUUCUGUUGUGAUUUCCUCAUGUCCUGGGUAGAUGAAGAGAACAUCCUUGAUGUGUACAAACUAGCUGACCACUAUGACCUGAGGCAUUUGAGUGAACAGCUGGACUCCUACAUUUUGAAGAACUUCACAGCUUUCUCAAGGACACAAGUGUACCGACAGCUACCCCUGCAGAAGGUCUACUCCCUUCUCAGCAGCAACCGCUUGGAGGUUAACUACGAGUUUGAAGUUUAUGAUGGAGCACUUUUUUAUCAUUAUUCUCCAGAGGAACUGGAGACAGAUCAGGUCUCCCUGAUGGAGCCCCUUAAGCUACUUGAGACAGUUCGUUUUCCUCUGAUGGAACCCCAGAUCCUGCAAAGGCUUCAUGACAAAUUAAGUCCAUGUCCUUUAAAAGAUACAGUUGCAGAUGCUUUAAUGUACCACAAGAAUGAAUGUCUUCAGCCAAUGCUUCAGAGCUCCAAGACACAGCUGAGAUCAGAGUUCCAGUGUGUAGUAGGAUUUGGAGGGAUGCAUUCUACUCCAUCCAUCACACUCAGUGAUCAAGCCAAGUAUCUAAACCCCUUGCUAGGGGAGUGGAGGCACUUUACAGCUGCAUUAGCCCCCAGAAUGUCCAACCAAGGGAUUGCUGUUCUCAAUAAUUUUGUAUAUUUAAUUGGUGGAGACAACAAUGUAAGUGGUUUUCGAGCAGAGUCGAGGUGUUGGAGGUAUGACCCACGACACAACAGAUGGUUCCAGAUCCAGUCCCUGCAGCAAGAGCACGCUGACCUCAGUGUUUGUGUCGUGGACAACUAUAUUUAUGCCGUCGCAGGCCGAGAUUACCAUGAAGACCUGAGGGAAGUGGAGAGGUAUGACCCUAAAACCAACACUUGGGAAUAUGUGACACCUCUGAAGAAGGAGGUGUACGCCCACGCGGGAGCAGCACUGGAUGGGAAGAUGUACAUCACCUGUGGGAGGAGGGGAGAGGACUAUCUGAAGGAGCUGCAGUGCUAUGACCCCAGGACUGACCGCUGGGAUGUGCUGGCAGAUGGCCCAGUGAGACGGGCGUGGCACGGGAUGGCUGCGCUGCUGGGAAAGCUCUACGUCAUCGGGGGAAGCAACAACGAUUCUGGCUACAGGAGGGACGUUCACCAGGUUGCCUGCUACAAGCCAAGCACUGAUCAGUGGACAAACGUAUGUCCACUUCCUGCAGGACAUGGAGAGCCAGGCAUCGCGGUCUUAGACAACAGGAUUUAUGUCUUGGGAGGCAGAUCCCACAACAGGGGAAUCCGCAUGGACUAUGUCCACAUUUAUGAUGCAGAGAGAGACUGUUGGGAGGAAGGACCCCAGCUGGAGGAUGAUAUUUCUGGGAUGGCUGCCUGUGUCCUCACAUUGCCCAGGGCUAUUUUAAUGGAAACAGAGAAGUGGCUCUCAGAAUGGCACGCAGAUCGAAUGAAGCAUCAUCUUGACUUUCCAUCAGAAGUUAUGAGUGUAUCAGACUGGGAGGAAUUUGACAACUCAAGUGAAGAUUAGAAAACUUUAAUUUUUUUUUUCCAGUGGAUUAGAAAAUUAAGGCUUGGGGAAACUACUUGAGAGAUUUUAUAUGUCUUUCUUAUAUACAUAAAAGUAUUUAAAGGUUUUAAAAAUAAGUGUUCUGCACAGAAUGCCAUUCACAGUCAAUAUAUACCCAUCUGCAAGUGUUCUGCACAAAAUGCACUUACAGUCAGUACCUGCCCACCUGCCAGAAAGCAGUAUUUUUAAAGUAACCACACAACUGCCAUUUCCCCCCCGCUGUAUAGAGGUUCUUGUACUUUGAAGGAGGCUUUUCUCAGCCUUCAGCAUGGACAGAAAAAAAAGCACAGAAGGCUCAGCUUGACUAGCUUCUUUCCUUCCAGCUUUUAGCUUGAAAUAGAUUUUUUUUAGAUUUUUUUCCUUUUCUUUUGGGUGUAAAUAAAACUUCCUAGCCAGCUUAAUACAGGAAGGUAACACCUAGUGCUGCCCUCCUGUGCCAGGUGUCAGACAGCUUGAUGAGUUUUUCAGCAAGAGUGAGCACACAGAAACAGGAACAGUAGCAAGAAAGUCUGAACAUUCAUCUGGGCAUGCAGCCAUCCUUGUAACUGGCUGAGAGUCUGUGAACUGACACCCACUCCUGAACUUCCAUACUGCAAGUUUUGUCAACACAGUGGAAAGAUUUCUAGAAAAAUCUCUCUGUACAGAAUAUGGCAAUCUCAUCAUUCCACUGUCAGGCACAUUUGUUCUCAACCAUAAAUUAAUAAAUUCUUGUCAGAACUUUUUAAACUGCUGUCUCCAUUUUAUAAACAAUGAUGUGGUGGCCGAGUUUCAUUAUAUCCUACAGCAGUAGGAUAUAAAAAGUUACUCCAGCCUGGGAGAUGGGCAAUUUUUUCAUUCUUUUAUUACAUGCUUUAGAAGAGAAUAAAGAGAACAGAGUUUGGUUUGCCACAGCAAAAGAGGAAAAAAUGAGAUAACAAGAAGUAUGGAAGAUUACACUGAUCCAAGACCCUGCAGUAGCUGAACUAAUGCCAGGAACUACAGCAGAGAAAGAUAAGGCAGAGUAAAUCUUUCCUUCAUGGGGCCUUAAAAUAAUUGGUUCCUGACCCCCGUCUUGCUUAACAUUUAUUUAAACAAGCUCAAUAGGUUUUUCUUGGUAAGAGGGGCAUUUGUUGGAUUAUAUUCUUCAGCACUGUCCAUUUUUGCCUCCAUCUCUGAACCUUUGCCAACUGGGAAAUAAAAGACCUGGUAACUGCAGCAAAGCCUGAUUAUGAGC